GGACGAAGGCCCCCAAUCCCGCCAAUUUGGAUGAUCAGAAUUCAAUUCGAAUCCUUACUUUGUAGUAAAAGCUAAAGGACCGCAGCAGCUUAUUCAAACUAUGGCAACUCUUGGUGUCCUCAUGAGCUUUUUAUGGGCUUCUAUACUAUCAGGUUCUCUAGUAAGCUGCGACCGUUAAUAUCAAGAGAAGCCGGUGCUGACAUCGUUAAAGUACUUGAUUCUUCAAGCUCUAUACAAUGUUUACAUGCACCCACUAUCAUCCUUUACCGGGCCAAGGUUAUGGUCAUCUACCCGAUUUCCAUAUCUCUUUUCACUUUGGUCAGGCAGCUUGGCGAAAGAUGUCCGCAAACUUCAUCUCAAGUACGGAGACAUCGUUCGAAUUGCGCCGGAUGAGUUGUCAUUUGCACGACCAGAUGCAUGGCACGACGUUUACUCAAACAGAGGUGGCCAAUCAGCCUUGCCAAAGAGUAGUCUAUGGCACAGUGCCCCACCUGGAAGACCAAGCUCUAUUUUGAAUGCUCUAGAUCCCAAGAUCCACACACGUUUUCGAAAAGCUAUGGAGUCCGGGUUUACGGAAAAAGCUGUUCGAACGCAAGAAAGCACUAUUCAAAGUUAUGUUGAAUCCCUGAUCUCGCGACUCAACAAAGUCGUAUCUGCAGGUGAAGGGGAAGCCGUCGUGGAUAUCGUCAAAUGGUUUGGGUUCACCACGUUUGAUCUGAUUGGGGACUUGGGUUUUGGCGAAAGCUUCGGUUGUCUAGAACGCAAUGACUUUCAUCCGUGGGUCGCAAUGAUUUUCAGCCACUUCAGAACUCUUACUCUGCGCUCAUCCUUACGCUACUACCCUGGAAUAAACUGGUUGCUCGGUCUUGCAAUCCCCAAGAGGAUGAUUCAAAAGCAAAAAGAGCAUUGGCAAUUGACGGUGGACAAAAUCAAUCGGAGACUCAAUCUAGAGAAAACAAGACCCGAUUUGAUAUCACAGAUCAAGUUGGACGAAUAUGGAUUACAGGGACUUACGAUUCCAGAGCUCCAGGCAACCUCUAGUGUUAUUAUCGUUGCUGGUAGUGAGACGACUGUCAGUGUUCUUAGCGGUAGGACAAAUUAUCUUGUGAAGAACUGCGACAAGUUGGCACUUUUGAAGAAUGAGUUGCGCGAAAAGUUUCCAAAAGGGGAUUCCAUUUCGCUCACAGCAUUGAAAGAGCUUCCCUAUCUCAACGCUGUCAUUCAAGAGGGCUUUAGGCUCUGUAACCCUACGUAAGUAGGAUAUCUUGGAUCCAAUCAGAAUACUGACCGGUGUGGCUUAGCCCUGUUGGACAACCAAGAAUCACUCCUCCCAACGGGGCAACCAUUUCCGGAAGAUUUGUCCCAGCUAAUAUUUAUGUUAAUGUACACCCUCUGACGAUGUCUCUUUCAUCAGACUUCUUCCAUGAUCCAAACAAAUUCUUGCCAGGGCGAUGGCUACUCACUAGCACCCAAGUUGAGAAAUCGCCAUUCUAUCACGAUAAACGAGAUUCUGUACAGAUAUUUGGGGUUGGACCACGCUCGUGUAUUGGGGAGCCACUUGCUUGGGCAGAGCUUCGGCUUAUAUUGGCUAGAUUGGUAUUGAGUUUUGAUAUAGAAGAGGUAAACUCUGUAAGUGGAAAGUUGAAAUGGGAUGACCAAAGGGUUUUCACUGUUGUGGAGAGGAAGCCAUUCGAGGUGCGAUUGAGAAAAAGGGUCCUCUAGAUUUUCUGCUCGAACCAUCAAUGAGAUGUUUAGAUAGCUUUGGAGAUUUGACGAGUCGUUCGAAUACUUCUAGCAUGUCUAAGGCCGCUAGAGCAAAUAUUUGAACAAUUCGGAACGUCGUUGACUGCGCAUAGUACUUUGAUUACUCCUCCCAGGAAACAUUGCUGUUAGGUAUCUUUUCCGAGAACAAGC